CAUCUAGAAAUGUGGCUGUGCCAAGAUGAUGGCGAGCUGAGAGGCUACAAGUGCAAAACCAUUGUCGACAAAACCACUUCCCAAAGGUCAACAUGCAGGCAGGCGGACAGACACCCGUGUUUGUGAUGAACGCUGCCCCCGAGAGGCAGUCGGGGAGAAAGGCACAGAUCUCAAAUAUCACGGCGGCCAAGACCAUCGCCGAUGUCAUACGAACAUGUUUGGGACCGAAAGCCAUGCUUAAGAUGAUCUUAGAUCCUAUGGGUGGAAUCUUACUUACAAACGAUGGAAACGCCAUCCUUCGCGAGAUCGACGUAGCACACCCCGCAGCAAAAAACAUGAUCGAACUGAGUAGGACCCAGGACGAGGAAUGCGGCGAUGGUACCACCAGCGUCAUCAUUCUGGCGGGUGAGAUUCUUGCACAGUCGCUCGCGCAGCUCGAACGUGAUAUUCACCCCGUCGUGAUCAUUUCCGCAUACAACAAGGCACUCAAAGAGGCACUGGAGAUCGUCAAACGUAUCUCGAUCCCAAUUAAUACGAACGAUGAUGAGGAAAUGUUGUCCCUCAUUAAGACGUCGAUCGGGACGAAAUUUGUUGCGCGCUGGUCUGACCUCAUGUGCCGCCUGGCGUUGCAAGCCGUCCGCACUGUCGCGGCUGAAGAAAAUGGACAUCAAACUGUCGAUAUCAAGCGUUAUGCCCGCGUAGAGAAGAUUCCAGGAGGGUCCAUCGAGGAAUCCAGAGUGUUGGAUGGCGUCAUGCUCAACAAGGAUAUCACGCACCCGAACAUGCGACGACGGAUAAAGAAUCCACGUAUCGUUCUCCUUGACUGUCCGUUGGAGUACAAGAAGGGAGAGAGCCAGACCAAUAUGGAAUUCUCGAAGGAGACGGACUGGGCCCGUGCGCAGGAGAUUGAAGAAGAACAGGUUAUUGCACAGUGCAAGCGGAUUCUGGAUUUCAAGCCUGACCUUGUCAUCACGGAGAAGGGUAUCUCAGACAUCGCGCAGCACGUCUUCGAGCGUGCCAAUGUGUCUGCUAUUCGUCGCGUCCGCAAAUCCGACAACAAUCGCAUCGCCUUGGCUGUCGGUGCCACCAUAGUCAACCGCGUAGAGGACCUCCGGGAAGCUGACGUCGGAACGAAAUGUGGCCUGUUCCACAUCGAGAAAAUAGGUGACGAAUACUUUACCUUCCUUACCGAAUGCAAGAACCCAAAGGCGUGCACUAUUCUCCUUCGCGGUCCCUCCAAAGACAUCCUCAACGAAAUCGAUCGUAAUCUCGCCGAUGCACUCUCCGUCGCACGCAACGUUUACUUCGAACCCGCACUCGCACCAGGUGGCGGUGCGACUGAAAUGGCGAUUUCAGUCGGACUGCAUACGAAGGCACGUAGCGUAACUGGUGUUGAAGGAUGGCCAUUCCGCGCCGUCGCUGAUGCCAUGGAGGUCAUCCCACGGACCCUCGUGCAGAAUGCGGGUGGAAAUGCGAUUAGAGUAUUGACGGAGUUGAGAGCGAAGCAUGCAAUGGGAGAGCAUUCGUGGGGCAUCAAUGGUGAAACGGGAAAGAUUGUAGACAUGAAGAAGUAUGGGCUAUACGAAAGCGCUAGUGUCAAGGUCCAAACAUUUAAAACGGCCAUUGAGGCUGCUCGAAUGCUGCUUAGAGUAGACGACGUCGUUCAGGCCACUCGGAAGGAUCGCAAUCGGGAACUACAAGGACCGCCCCCUGAAGAAAUGGAAGGAUAAAAGCGAUCACACCCUUGCACGCUAGACCUAAAAAAAGCUGACAUACGUCUGCAUAGUAUACAUAUAUACAGAGUUUUUCUUAGGUAUCAGAAAUACUGCGACACCAUAAUACGACACGUGGUGCAAGGUCACGAAGUUAUACAAAUAACAAUCGU